AUGAGAUCUCACGGCAAAGUCACGAUCAAUAAGCAAUCAGUGCCGGAUGUAGAACUCGCCGAACGCACCUCUUGCAAGUUUAAGGGAGCACCGCGGCCAUCUAGCAGUGUCACGCUCCUCCAGCCAAUAUCCCAGCCACCGAUGUCAAGCCACGAGCAAGGCGAUGAGCCUGGGAUAGCCAGCCGCUGGAAAAUUCCUCGUGCUCAGUGCCAACCUUUCACAGGAAGCGCCAACGACGUCGCCAUUGCCAGCCGCCAUCGCCACCGAUGCAUGUGGUCUAGAUUACAGACUAUACGGAGAGUUUCCUCGCCAUCGAAAUUGCGUACUCAAGGCCUCAUCAACAGCAUGAGAACUUUGCGCCGUAAGCCCGACCUCCUCACAGCCUCCACAUACUCCGUGCAGCCUUCCUACAACCUCCAUGUAGCCUCCACACAGCCUCCAUAUACUCCGUACAGCCUACCCACAGCCUCCACAAGCCCAUACAGCCUCCACAAGCCCGUGCAGCCUAGCCUCCACAAGCCCGUGCAGCCUCUCCAACAGCCUCCACAAGCCCGUGCAGCCUCCCCACAGCCUCCACAAGCCCGUGCAGCCUUCCAGUGCCUCCACAAGCCCCAGCCUUCCCACAGCCUCCACAAGCCCCCUCCACAAAGCCGUGCAGCCUCCCCACAGCCUCCCACAACAGCCUCCACAAGCCCGUACAGCCUUCCCACAGCCUCCACCAGCCCGUGCAGCCUUCCCACAGCCCCACAAGCCGUGCAGCCUCCCCACAGCCUCCACAAGCCCGUGCAGCCUCCCACAGCCUCAGCCACAGCCUCCAGCCGUGCAGCCUCUCCACACAGUCCACCCCGUGCAGCCUCCCCACAGCCUCCAAGCCCGUGCAGCCUCCCCACAGCCUCCAAGCCCGUGCAGCAGCCGUGCAGCCUGCCUCCACAGCCCGUGCAGCCUCCCCACAGCCUCCACAAGCCCGUGCAGCCUCCCACAGCCUCCACAAGCCCGUUCCCCACAGCCUCCACAGCCCGUGCAGCCUCUCCACAAGCCGUGCAGCCUCCCCAGCCUCCACAAGCCCGUACAGCCUUCCCACAGCCUCCACAAGCCCGUGCAGCCUCCCCACAGCCUCCACAAGCCCGUGCAGCCUCCCCACAGCCUCCACAGCCCGUGCAGCCUUCCACAGCCUCCACAAGCCCGUACAGCCUUCCCACAGCCUCCACCACCGUGCAGCUUCCCACAGCCUCCACAAGCCCGUGCAGCCUUCCCACAGCCUCCAACAGCCGUGCCUUCCACAGCCUCCACAAGCCCGUGCAGCCUCCCACAGCCUCCACCAGCCCGUGCAGCCUCCCACAGCCUCCACAAGCCCGUGCAGCCUCUCCACAGCCCAGCCCCACAGCAGCCCGUGCAGCCUCCCCACAGCCUCCACCAGCCCGUGCAGCCUCUCCACAGCUCCACCAGCCCGUGCAGCCUCUCCCACAGCCUCCACAGCCGUGCAGCCUCCCCACAGCCUCCACAAGCCCGUGCAGCCUCCCACAGCCUCCACAAGCCCGUGCAGCUCCCCACAGCCUCCACCAGAGUCUCCAUAAGCCCGUGCAGCCUCCCACAGCCUCCACACAAGCCCGUGCAGCCUCCCCACAGCCUCCACAAACCCGUGCAGCCUCCCCACAGCCUCCACCAGCCCGUGCAGCCUCCACAGCCUCCACAGCCCGUGCAGCCUCCCCACAGCCUCCACAAGCCCGUGCAGCCUUCCCACAGCCUCCACAAGCCCGUACAGCCCCACAGCCUCCACAAGCCUCCACAAGCCCGUGCAGCCUCCCCACAGCCUCCACAAGCCCGUGCAGCCUUCCCACAGCCUCCACAAGCCCGUGCAGCCUCCCCACAGCCUCCACAAGCCCGUGCAGAGCCCGUCUUCCCACAGCCUCCACCAGCCCGUGCAGCCUCCCACAGCCUCCACAAAGCCCGUGCAGCCUCCACAAACCCGUGCAGGCCUCCACCAGCCCGUGCAGCCUCUCCACAGCCUCCACCAGCCCGUGCAGCUCCCCACAGCCUCCACGAGCCCGUGCAGCCUCCACCAGCCCGUGCAGCCUCCCCACAGCCUCCACCAGCCGUGCAGCCUCCCCACAGCCUCCACCAGCCCGUGCAGCCUCCCACAGCCUCCACAGCCCGUGCAGCCUUCCACAGCCUCACCAGCCGUGCAGCCUCCCACAGCCUCCACCAGCCCGUGCAGCCUCCCACAGCCUCCACAGCCCUGCAGCCUCCCCCCAGUCUCCACGAGCCCGUGCAGCCUCCCACAGCCUCCACAAGCCCGUGAGCCACAGCCUCCACCAGCCCGUGCAGCCUCCCACAGCCUCCACCAGCCCCUCCAGCCCGUGCAGCCUCCCCACAGCCUCCACCAGCCAGUGCAAGCCUCCCCACAGCCUCCACCAGCCCGUGCAGCCUCCCACAGCCUCCACCAGCCCGUGCAGCCUCCCCACAGCCUCUACCAGCCCGUGCAGCCUCCCACAAGCUCCACAAGCCGUGCAGCCUCCCCACAGCCUCCACGAGCCCGUGCAGCUCCCACAGCCUCCACCAGCCCGUGCAGCCUCCCCCCCAUCUCCACGAGCCCGUGCAGCCUCCCCACAGCCUCCACAAGCCCGUGCAGCCUCUCCACAGCCCACAAGCCCGUGCAGCCUCUCCACAGCCUCCACCAGCCCGUGCAGCCUCCCCACAGCCCUCCACCAGCCCGUGCAGCCUCCCCACAGCCUCCACGAGCCCGUGCAGCCUCCACCAGCCCGUGCAGCCUCCCCACAGCCUCCACCAGCCAGUGCAGCCUCCCCACAGCCUCCACCAGCCCGUGCAGCCUCCCCCCAGUCUCCACGAGCCCGUGCAGCCUCCCCACAGCCUCCACGAGCCCGUGCAGCCUCCCCACAGCUUCAGCAAAGCCUCCAGCGCGACGUCGUCCUCCCGACCGUUAAGGCCAGCGGAAGCUCAAGGGGCGCGACGAGUGAUUACCGUCCCGGCUCAGAUUAA